AUGUCUAUGCCUGAAAAUUUUACGCUGAAGAAGUUAUACGAUCUCAAUGGCCUGAUCGCACUGGUAACCGGCGGCGGCACAGGCAUCGGCCUUAUGAUUGCUCGUGGUCUUGCUGCCAAUGGGGCUAAAGUGUAUAUCACUGGUCGACGGAAGGAAGUUCUUGACAGUGUGGUUUCGGAGUGGAAUGCAACUAAAGGAGACGACAUGGGACUUCUGAUCGCGCAAGAGAUGGAUGUUACGAAAAAGGACAGCAUUAAAGCUGGUGUGACAAGAUUAUCCCAAGCAGAGGGACGGCUACACAUUCUCGUGAACAAUGCUGGCCAAUCAGGUCCUCUCUCCUCUGAGUUGAAUCAACCAUCGCCGACUGCUCAAAAAGAGGCCGGACCACUCAGUGAAUAUCUUUUCAACAAUGAAUCGUUCGAGGAAUGGAGCUCCCUUUAUGCAAUCAAUACUUUUUCGAUCUACUUUGUGACUGUUGCAUUUUUGGAUUUGCUCGACAAGGGAUCCAAGAAUAACGAUAGAGAGGGUUUUUCUUCAAGCGUCAUCAAUAUCACGAGCAUGAGCGGGACUCGUCAAUUCUGCUACAAUAGCUCAAAAGCUGCAGGGUCUCACCUCACCAGGAUGCUUUCGACAGAAUUUGCUCUCAAAGGAAUCGAUGUUCGAGUGAACGCUAUCGCACCAGGCGUGUAUGAAAGCGAGAUGACAUACGAUACGAUUUCAGGACAAGUUGCGACUGAUGCGGUCGGUAUGCCGGUAUUGUCUAUACCAGCGAAGAGGCCAGGAACUGCUGCUGAGAUGGCAGGCACUGCCGUUUAUCUCGCAUCGCCUGCUGGAGCUUAUAUGAAUGGGCAGGAGCUUGUUAUUGAUGGCGGAACCACGGCUGUGAAUCCUUCCAGAGUGUAA